AUGUCCUUCCCGCAGCUGGGCUACCCGCAGUACCUGAGCGCCAGCCAGGCCGUCUACGGCGGCAGCGACCGCCCGGGGGUGCUGGCCGCCGCCGCCGCAGCAGCAGCAGCCGCCGCCGCCGCCUCGGGCCGUCCAGGAGGUGCCGAGCUGAGCAGCGGCUCCACCGCCGCCGUCACCUCGGUGCUGGGCAUGUACGCCGCCGCCGCCGCCGCCGCCGGACCCUACAGCACGGCCAACUACAGCGCCUUCCUGCCCUACACCGCCGACCUGACCCUCUUCUCGCAGAUGGGUUCCCAGUAUGAACUGAAGGACAACCCUGGAGUCCACCCUGCUACCUUUGCUGCUCAUACCACUCCUGGUUAUUAUCCUUACGGGCAGUUCCAGUAUGGGGACCCAGGAAGACCUAAGAAUGCCACCCGAGAGAGCACCAGCACCUUGAAAGCCUGGCUGAAUGAGCACCGCAAGAAUCCCUACCCAACCAAGGGUGAGAAGAUCAUGCUGGCCAUCAUCACCAAGAUGACCCUCACACAGGUCUCCACCUGGUUUGCCAAUGCCCGGAGGAGGCUGAAGAAGGAGAACAAGGUCACAUGGGGAGCCCGGAGCAAAGAUCAAGAAGACGGCAAUCUCUUCGGAAGCGACAAUGAGGGGGACCCUGAAAAAAAUGAAGACGAUGAAGAGAUUGACCUGGAGAGUAUUGACAUUGACAAAAUUGAUGAGAACGAUGGAGAGCAGAGUAAUGAGGAAGAGGAAGAGAAAGUUGAGCUCUUGAGGCAAAGGAGAGAAGAUGUCCAUUUGGAGAAAAAUAAGAUCUUGCCGAUACCAGGCUCUGAAGGACUUAAACCCAAGGAAACCUUGCCAUUGGGCAAGGAGGCCUCAGACGACCCUACUCGGAUCUUGAGCCCCAGCAGACAAAACACCCUGCAAGGCCCAAUGCACAACAAGCCCAAGAUCUGGUCUUUGGCAGAGACUGCAACUAGUCCCGAUGGAGCCCUCAGCAAGCCAGCUCCUCCUUCACCUCCUGCCCAAGUGAACCACACUUCCCCCCAGCUCCAGCAUCCAGCUUUCCUUCCCAGCCAUGGACUUUAUACCUGCCAGAUUGGCAAGUUUCACAACUGGACAAAUGGGGCGUUUCUCACCCAAAGCUCCUUGCUAAACGUGAGGUCCUUUUUGGGAGUUAAUCACCACCAUGCUGCCCAUCACAACCAUCACCUUCAAGCCCAGCAGCCACCUUCAGUGUUAACAGCACUCAGCACUGAAAAACCUUCUGAGAGGACCAGCCCCAAACACAUAGAAAGAGAAAAUGUAGCAAGAACCGACUCUCCGCCUCAGCAGUUAAAAUCCCCCUUUCAGACUGUCCGGGACAACUCUUUGACUCAACAAGAGGGAACAUCGUGAAUUUUAACAACUCUCCCUUCUGCUUGAUUAAAUGUUUUGGGGGGUUUUGUUUUGUUUUUUGUUUUUGUUUUUAUUUUUUUUUUGAUGGAAAAGGAAAUUUCACAGACUGGUCUAAAGAACAAAACAAAAAUGGAAAUGCUUUAAAUGACUCCCAUCAAUCUCUUUUUGCAAUAAGGUAGUAGCAAUUCAUAAAAAAAAAAAUCCAGCUCCUUAACUGGACUCUUCCGGUUUCCAUUAUUCCAUUUUAAGAAAGUGUAAUUCUAACCUUGAUUGGGUAAAUUGUUUUUGCUAAAGGUUUCUCAUGUGAUUGUGUUCUUCUGUAUAUAAAGUGGUUUCAAAUUGUAAAUAGCGCCACAGCAAAAAAAACUUGUCUAAAUCAUAUAUUUUUGCCUAAUAAACAAAAAUGAAAUUACGACUUUGCCCUGCAUAAGUGACUUUUGGUUUUGCAUAUGGAAAACUCAAGGCUUUUAUUGUUUUCCAUCCAAUAUUAGUAGGGCUUUAAGCACUAAUCUGUUCAGUUGAUAGAUUAAUUGACUAAAGCUUGGGUGACUAAUUAUGAAUAUAACAGAACUGGCACACUUUAAGUAAUUAGCCGUGUGGCUAAAAAAUUAUUUAACAGAGAAAAAGGGUUUUUUUUCCCCUUCUAAAAUUUUUGCACCUAAACAUUUUAGCUAUUUUAAAUUUCUAAAAGUACUUCAAAAUUAUAUUGGUUCUGUGAUAUUAGUAGUAUGCAAGUUGAAUUGAUUACGUUUAAUCAAUAAGUAAUUAUUGUACUGCCCAGUCUACUCAGACGUAAAUCCUAUUGAACUAAAUGAAUGUCACCCUCAGGUGCUAUAUUUAGAAUUGCAAUCCUGGGUUAAAAUGGCAGUUGAUGGAUAAAUUAUUUAAACUCUACAUGGUCAACAUUAAAUACUUAUGACAAUUUCCACAGCAAAUGGCACCUUAGAGCAACUCGCAUUGUGUACUUUUUCAUAAUUGUGAGCUUUCUCAUUUAAAUCAAAGUGUGCUUUAUUUGAAGGGGGUGUCUGGAAAGGACCUGCAAAUGUGUUGCUUUUUUUGUGCUAGAGAAAAUUAAUUCUUCCUUGAAAGGGGAAAAGGCUGCUGUAUAAUUCUUUUCUAAUCCAAGCGCCAGGUUCAAUAGAGAGGCCUCUGUACAGUAUUAAGUGGCUCUUUAUGUUGAAUUGACUGCAGAACUAGUUUACUCCAAGGCUGAGGGGUGAGAUAGGAAAACAGACAUAGAGAAAAUAAAACUGGGGUGUCAAGAUUGAGUUUUGAGAUGGAGAAGAGCCUUUGGGAGUCUCUCCCCCCCCCCGUGGAAUUUUAGCUUGUAAUCCUUGUAGCAAAAGAAAAAAGGAACUGUAAAUCAUUGGCCUUCUUAACAAGGGGGGAAUGAGAGAGGAAGAGGCAAGUUCCCUCAAACUUGGCUAAUCUCCCAAAGAUUAGCCCUUGCAAAAGGUGCAAUAUUUUUCCAGAGGCUCCCAAUCUCUCCACCGACUCUCUC